GCGUACACCCUGUAUAAACCCUUUCGUUGAAAACAUUCCGUAUGGRUGUUUGUGGAGUUUAGCCAGAUAGAAAUAGAGUCAAUAACAAAGCUAUGCUUGGUAUAACAAACUAUGAGCGGUGGCAGAUUUGAUUUUGAUGAUGGAGGAACGUACUGCGGCGAAUGGAGAAACGGCAAAGCCCAUGGAUACGGUAUAUGUACAGGGCCAAAAGGACAAGCUAGGUAUGAAGGUAGUUGGCACAAUGGCUUCGAAGCUAGUGGGGUAUAUGUUUGGCCGAAUGGACAUAGAUAUGAAGGAGAAUGGUGUAAUGGUCGCCGACAUGGACUUGGCGUAGAAAUCCGAGGGAAGUGGACUUAUCAAGGAGAGUGGGAAGAAGGCUUUAAAGUAAGAUAUGGAGUUCAGAAAUGUGAAAGUGGUGCAAAAUACGAAGGGAGUUGGACCUCUGGACUGCAAGAAGGAUAUGGAAUCGAAAUCUAUGCCGAUGGCGGAUAUUAUUAUGGACAAUGGAAAACAGGAAUGAGAUCUGGUUAUGGAAUCCGCAGUAUUAGACGUGAACCAAAAGAUUACUAUACAAACAUUACACGUUCUUGUUCCAGACAGUCGAACAACAGUGCCGAAGCUGCUAAUGGCAUUUUGCCACUAAAGGAUAAAAAAUCCAAAGGCGACAAGAAAAACAAAAGUGAUAACCCUGAUCUGCCGUCACCUAAAUCUGGUAGUGAAAGUGAUAAUGCUAGUCAGUCUGAAUCAAUGAAUAGUAGUGGAUCUAUUCAGAUAGGUGUGGAUGGUGAGGCCACUUUAGAGGAACCCCAGAAGCCAGCACCAGUAAAGCUUGUACGAGAGCUGUAUAAAGGGGAAUGGAAAAACGAUAAACGUCAUGGAUAUGGAUUACUAGAAACUUCUGAUGGCUUCAAAUAUAUUGGUCAAUGGAGUGAAAACAUGCGGCAUGGACUGGGCAUUGCUAGUUACCCUGACAAUACAAAAUUGGAGGGAGAGUUUUCCAAUGAUGUGUUUGUGUCUAGUAUCAAAAAGCAGAGCUCUAUUAAGUCCCUUGUGACUCGAUUUAAGCAGCGCUUGCAGAUUGCCUGUGAGGCUGCCAUUCAGGCUGGAGAUAUAUCAGUGCAGAAGUCACAUAUGUCAUUGUCGAGGGCUGCUGCAGCUAGGGAUCGAGCAUUGGAAGCAGGUGCUGCAGGUGAGCGAGCAAGACAGGAGGCAGUCAUUGCCAAGAGAAGAGCAAGGGAUCUCAUCCAGAGGACUCCAAAUAGUCUAAAUGUCCCUAUACCAAAGGAUUAGCACUUGUGGAUCUUAAAGCCCUCUUGAAUGUUAGAUGCAUAUAUAUGCUCAUUAAAUUGCCUAGAGGAAUGGCAUCAAUGUCAACAUUUAUUGAUCCUUAUCAAUAUCGAUUAACGACCUUUCCUCAAGAAACUGCAAGCAAAGCAGGUUUAACCUGAACUUCAAGCCUGCAAGAAGACAGCUCAAACUUGGAGCUAGUGAACACAGUCGUUUUAAUAAAGACAGCCAUAUAUAUGAGGCUGAGUGUCAUGUUAAUGGGUACAAAAGACCUUUACCCUUUAUCUAAUUUGAUACAGAGAGCAUUUAUAUGGUAUUUACUACCGGUAAGUGCAUUUAAAUACUCUGCUUCCAUAUCUGAUCCAAGAUAAUUUUUGUAUUCUAUUUUUCAUUAUAAUUAUGCUAUUCAAUCGAUACUGGAUUGACCUUGACUUAACUUGUAAAGAAGUGAUAUAAAUAGUUCAUUUAUUGAAGUACUUUGGCAAGAUUAUGACAGUUGCUAUGACAGCGUGUCUAAAUAUAAUCUUUUGCUUAUUAACCACUGUACAUUGAAAAAACUUUAAGCUUUUAUUUAGACGCUUAUUAAAAAAACUAAAGAGAUUACUUAAAACGUUUAUCCUUAAAAAUUAACAACAGCUUUCAAUUUUUGCUACAUUGGUAGAUGCAUUCUUUUAGAAGUAGUAAAAUUAAUCAUGGAAAAUCGAAAAGUGAAGAGUUUUGAAAAGUUUGCAAUUUUCCUCGUCAUUUUGUGCAAACAAUAUUAAAUAAUUGACCAAGUUUUAUAGUUAGAUUUUGUACCAUGAGUCGGAACCGUGCUUUUAUGUGUUUAGAAAGCUGCUUCUGGUAGUUUAAUAAGGAAGAUGAUGAUGGGGAUGAUGGCUACUUUAAGCAUUUAGUGAAGUUAAUCCAAACUAUUGCAACCCUUUAAUUGAAAAUUAAGCUAUCGUUUUAAGGCAAAUUUCGACAAAUAUUUAGUUCUUGUAGGACAAAAGAUUUUGAGUAAGAAUCCUUUUUUUUUCUCGAAGUUUCUCGUCUCCAUAGAAAUCGUUUCCUUAACCUUAACUAUUUUUUAAUUGGUUUUCCAAGAUAUGAUUGAUAUAUUUAAAGAUUUCUAAUAUAUAUUAAAAGAUAAGGAUUUCGGGAUUAUUUUGAUUUACAGAGAAAAGAUGAAUCUCUAGAAUUUCAGGAAGUAUUUCUGUAUAGCUUCGUAUUUUGUCUAGCGGUCAUCUUUGAUUAUUUCAUAGUAUUUUUAUUGUAUUUCCUUAUGGUGGUUUUAUCAUUAUUUUCGUGUUCUUUAUUUACGAUAAACGAAUGUUUUAUGUAAGACUUAACUACGAAACGUUUGGUUUGCGGUAUGAUGAAGAGAAAACAGAAAACAAUAGAAAUAAAAUGCGAACGAAAAAGUGACAACAUCUGAUGUCGCCAAAGGCGUAUUCAAAACCAAACGAAUCAAAAUUAAUUGCAUUUUUUCAACAUCGUUUUUAUUUUAAAAUGACAUUUUCAGGUUAUCUUUGCAGACCUAGUAGCAUAAUGACUCUUCAAAUCUGGCUUUACGGUACUGUUUACUCCACUUUGACGGUUGAAUUCCUUUGAUAAUAUUUCGUUUGUAGAAUAAGAACCUAAAAACGAGAAUUUCCUUAAAUUGACUGAAUUCUAAAGCGCAGCUUUCUUAUCGUACUAUAUCCGACCUUGACAUUAACUCAAUAGCUUUUGUUCUAGCUAUAAUUAUUUUUUUUCGGUGGAUAUUUGAUAGAUAAAGUGGUUUGUAUAUAACUAGCCUUUUGCAUUAGAGAUCGAUGAGGAUUGGAUCAAGUGCUCUCGUGUCAAAAGGCAUCCAAAUUUUAUAUCAUUUUAUUUAUUAAUAUUAAUAUUAUUUUGCGAUGCUUCGUUGAAUUAAUUUCUGUUUUGAGUAGACCAAAAAAAAAAGCUUAUUUAAAGCUUGUCAUUUUUUCUCGGCCUUAGAAGUGCGCCUAAGUGAUCUAGUCGCUAAGUAGUCGCUAUUUUGUUAAGCGCUUGCUGGAAAAUGAAAUCUGUAUUCAUUAGCGAUUCAAUUUUGUCUAAUUCAAAAAUAUCUCCUAGGGCCGAGAAACCAAAUGUGUAGACAAAUAAAAACUUCGGUUUUUAGGGAUUCAAGUGCACUUGGUUCCUCUCCUUAGGUCAUUCAGUACGAAAAUUUAGCAAAAUGAAUUUGGUUAGCGUUUGAAACCGCAUUGUAUGUAUAAAGUCUUGGAGCAUUGGUUAUAUUAUACCUUGUCUAAAACUUCAAAAUGUAAUAUCUCUUAAUAGUAACUUUUGCAAGAACUGAAAUAUGUCUUUAUUUUUGUACGAACUCUUGUAAAAUGAUAUUAAAGGACAAAGCUAUUUUUGCAA